UAAAAAUGGCGAAAAUAUUCAGAAUCCCAAUUCCCAAAUCAGUAUGAUACGAAAAGAAAAACGGACCCACAAAAUAUAUAUAUAUAUAUGUAUGUAUAUAUAGAAAAGAAAAAAGGAAUAGGAGACCGAUUCUGAUCCGAAAAGCGGGGCAAAGCAGAGCUUUUGGGUAAAAUCCAGAGAGACGAGAGAAGAAAGGAAGGAAGCAGCACCCAAAAUCAGAAUCAGCGUCUACAUCCAACCUGUUAUAGUCUACUCUAAUCCCUCUCUCCUCCAGCUAAUUCCUUCUGUUCUCACUUUUCCCGGCAUAAAAGAGGAAAACCCAUCAACAAAUACAAAUAAAUUUCUCCCUCUGUUGCUUUUCAGGGCGUAGAAAUGGAAACACCUCUCCGUUAUACUUUCUGACAUGAUUGUCACCCCCAGGAAAAAGGGUUCUCGUCUCUCGGUUUAAUAUCAGCUGUCGAUGAUCAUCGAACCAAAUCAGGAACUGACUCCACUGCAAAAGGGUAUUCGGGAUUGCUGCUUGACCCAUUAAAAAAGAAGAGCUACAUUACAGUAUAGCCUUCUUUUAGUAGGUAAAACGAAUUCCAUUUUUCAACCCAUUUUUCUAUUUCGUUUUUCCUCGAAAAUAUUUCCCCUGUUUGAGGAGAUGGGAAGUUUUUUAAUCUGGGUUUUAGUUGCAAGAGGUGGAAGAGAAGUUGGAUGGGUAGUUUAAGAAGGAAUUUAAAAAGGGUUUGUGAAUGAAUGUAUGAAAGUGCUAAAAACCAAGCCAUUUUACUAGACCGUUCGCUUCCCCUUAUUAAUUGCAGAGAGAGAGAGAGUAGAGAGGGACCGGUGCUUUUCAUAGUUGACCUUUAAUUAGUGAAACAGAUAAUAACAACUCAUUUCCUUCUCUCUCUGUGUGUGUGUGUGCGACCCCAUUUAUUCUCUCAUCUGCUUGUCGUAAUAAUCUUUAAUGGUUUAUACAGCCGCACCUCUUCGUUUCAGGCUGUUUAGGGGAUUCUUCUGUACCGUAGCUCUAACACAUUGUGGACUUCAUUUUCCUCUGUUCUUAUAUGUCUCAAGAUUCUCCACAUAAUAGUCAUCUCAGCCAACUUUGAUACACAUCUUGAGAAAAUCCAUUUGAACAGUCCACGUGAAUCAUGAAAGUUGAAGGUGAGCCCAUAGUUUGCCAUUCAAAUGCUAGCCCCAAGUUUGUUCCCAAGUCUUUUGAAUGUGAUAAUGAUGCUCUCAAUUCGGGUGGGAUGAAGCUUGAAGAUCAGAAAGAAUUUACAAACAAUCUCAAAGGCAAUGUGGAUGCCGAUCACAAUAAUACUGAUGCAGAUGGUUGGGUUGCAAAGAAGCGUGAAUGCUUAGAUCUUGAUGAUUUUAAUGACUAUGACGAUGUUAAAGCCUUUGUGUCACCACUCAAUAAUUCUUGUAAAGCAGACUUGUCUGAGGAAGACUCCGAGUUAUACAUGGAAAAGAGUGUUGUUGAAUGCCAACUUCCUGAACUAAUAGUUUGUUACAAAGAAAAUAUUUGCAAUAUUGUUAAGGAUAUUUGUAUUGAUGAUGGUACUCCACGGGAUAAGCUCUUUUGUGGUAGUAGUUUGGAUGAGAAGGAUGUCUGUUCCAUUCUCCCUCCUACAAAAGAUUGGAAGGACGAGUCGGUAGGAGAACUAAAGCAAAGAGAUAUGUUUGCUUCAGAUGAUUCAGAGCAUUCAGAAUCUUUUGGCAGUAAGGACUCACCCAAUGAAUACGAUUCCAAGGAUUUGGCUAUUACACCUGAGGCAGAAUAUGAUGUGGCAUAUUUUACUGAUAAUGAUAUGCCAAUGACAGAUUUAGUUACAGAGAGCUUAAAGCCACUGACCAACAAUGAGAUUAAGCCUCACCCUCAGUCUGAACAGGUUUUUAUUGAAACUACGUGUUCGGAAGUCCCUGUUUUGGUACGUGUAGCUGAAGAAUCUUUUAGCAACACCAGAGAAGCGACAUCAGAGUCCAUUACUUCAGCUGAAGAUCCCAAACAUGGCGAUUCUGCGAAUGGUAUGUCAUACAAUAGUAAAGUGGACAAAGGAAACAUUACUUUCGAUUUCAAUUCUUUAGCAUCCACAGCUAGUGAUGGUCUGGAGCGUUCUGAUAAUGGUGACUUGAACUCUUCAGCUCCUUCGACCAGUGCCUCCGUGGGCUGCAAAGAGACUACCAGCUCCAACCCUUUAGCUUCUGCCGACAAAUGUGAAGCAGAAUGUCACACUACUAGUAGUAACCCUAAACAUGUGGAAUAUGAGGACUUACGACGAGUGGAAUAUGAAGACAUACCUAAGACUGAAGUUGGGAAUUUCGAUAGUCAUACUGUUUCAAGCGAAGUCUCACAAGGCGUGGGUGAAACAAGUUUCUCUGUGGCACCUUUGGGGAGUCUGAUAUCUAAUUCGGGUCGUAUAGGUUACUCUGGCAGCAUCUCUCAUCGGUCUGAUAGCAGCACAACCAGCACCCGUUCGUUUGCCUUUCCUAUAUUACAAUCCGAGUGGACUAGCAGUCCUGUCAGAAUGGUUAAACCUGAUCGAAAGCAUCUACAGAAGCAUCGGGGAUGGAGACAUGGCAUUUUGUGCUGUAGAUUCUGAAAGCUUCUACUAAUUUAUCCAUAAUUUAUCCAUAGGUUUAGUAUCUAAAAUAUACAUCACCCAAGUCUUUUCUCAGUCGAGUAGCAUAAAUAUGGUCAAUCUUUGCCAAUGCCACUCUACCUUCAUUUGUUAGGUUCUCUUCAGAUUGCAAUAUCAUACAGGUUGAAUUUCUGUCUUUUAAAGGAGCGUCAUUACUGCUCAACUUACAGAGAAUGUUUACAUGUUGUAAGGUCAUCUUACGAGAUUAGCUGAAACACAUGUUUGUUGGUUCGAACACCAAGUGAUUAUAAAAAUGAAAAAGCUGCAGAUUAACAUUGUUUUAAUUGUUCUUAACCAUCAUGGUGACUGUAAAAGGUUUCAGCGAGUUGACCUGCCUCCAUAAUGGUUUGCCCCAGUGUUUCUAUGCUUAAGCUAAACCAAACACGACGAGAAAGAAAAAUAAUUUUCUUGGGUUUCAUGGCAUUGGAAAGCAGAGUGUUUAAGUGGGGAAAACCCCCAUUUUGUUGGUUAAAUGGGAAAAAGUUGUAGUGCUCAAGACUGCUACAAAAAAAUAUAUCAACAAAAAAGUCAUUACAUUUAAUCCCUUCUAGUGGUGACAAGAGUUACCUGAAUUGUGUAAAGUCACUAAUAACAUAUUGUUUUCUCUCUCUCUUUCUCUCUCUGUAUUAUAUAUAUUUCUCUGCUUACUCACUUAGGCAGAAAAUUUGUUACACUUAGACAUGGGUUUGAUAGUCAUGGCCAUACUUUGCUGUGUUUCUAUCUUGGUUCUUUUGAUACCUUCUGCUUCCUCACAUGCUCUGGAUCAGUCUUCUCCCCUGCAAGCAACUGAAGGUGUGCAUUCUCCUCUUGUUUUAGGAAGGAAGUUCAAAAUGUUAGAAGAAGCUGCAAGAGUGGAUAAGAAGGUUGAAGCUCAAGGAUUCCAAGUUGCCAAACAAAAAGAUAACCACAAGGAAAAUGUUUCAGGUCAGGAGGAACAAGGAACGAAGUUAAAUAAAGGAAAGGGGAGAAAGUGGGUGAAAGUGGCCGACAUGUCGUCGCAGAUUUUCACAAUGGACUAUGCUCACCUAAAACGUCGUCGUCCUGUCCACAACAUGUCGCUCAAGCGUCCUUGAAGUGGACUGGGUUUUUCUAAUUAAUCUAACCCCUUAAUAUUUUUCCUUUUUACAAUUAGAUCCCAACAAAAAGAGGGAAUUGCAUCCUUAACCAUCCGUGGUGGCCGACAAAAGAGCAGAGCAGAUUAAUUUAGAGACUUUCUUAAUUAUAAUAAAAUUAUUAGUCUAAUUCAAUUAGAGGGACCCAUUUUGAGGUCUAAUUUAUGUAAUUAAUCGUUAACUCUAUUAGGUAGUUAUUAACAUAUUUUAACAUUAUUAUUGUUUUGUAAGUGCUUCUUUUAAUUAUGUAUUUAUUGAUAAAAUUAUGGA